UUCUCUUCUAUAUGUUAUGUUCUAUAAAACAUUGCUCUUUCGUUCCGUCUUUAACUCUGGGAAGAACCAUCUCCUUUCUCCAAUGCAGAAAAUCACAAUGAAAGGUCAAAUAGGCACAUCAUGCCCUUGUCCUUCCUUAAAAGCUGUAUCCAACAAAGUGGGAACCAUACUUUGCCAUCGCAAUUCCCAAAUUAGGAACAAGAAAUUGGACGCAAAGCUUGAAAAGAAGGUGCUCGAAGUGAAGAACACAUUAUCAACAAGGCGUAACAAGUUCCAAACAAUCAAUAGCAUCAUCAUGAGGUUCCCUCAAUUCAAAGAGGGAUUGAAGGAUAUUAAGGCCAUUUUCCAGCAAUACGAUGAGGACUCAAAUGGGACAAUUGAUAAAGAGGAACUAAAGAAAUGUUUGGAGGAAAUGCAGCUUCAUCUCUCCGAAAAGGAUAUGGAGGAUUUGUUUCAUUCUUGUGAUAUUGAUGAAAACCAAGAAAUACAAUUCAGAGAAUAUAUCGUUCUUUUAUGCCUCAUCUAUCUCUUAAAAGAAGCUUCGUCAACUAAUGAGACGGAAAAGAUAGGUUCACCAUCAAUAGAAGCUACUUUUGAUGCGAUCAUUGAAGCCUUCUUAUUUCUGGACAAAGAUGGCGAUGGGAAGUUGAAGAAGAAAGAUGUGAUCAAAGCACUGAACGAGGCUUCACCGACGGAGAAAACUCCUCGCCACGUUACCAUGAAACGAUUCAAGGAGAUGGAUUGGGGUAGAAAAGGAAAAGUAAGCUUUAGAGAGUUCCUUUUCACUUUCGUUGAUUGGGUUGGUGUGGAAACCAACCACGGCGAAGGUGACGGCUUCAGCUACGGUGAUUGCGAUGUUUAUGGUGACGAUCUUCCCUCGUGAACAUCACUCAGAGAGAAUUUAUAGAAAUGCGACACUCAUAUAUGUAUAAAUCAAAUAAGACAAUUUGUAACUAUUGUACAUGUGAUCUGAAUAUACAAGAAAUCAAGGCACUUAGGUUUAGUUUGAAGAAA